AUGAACACAUACGUGCCUCCUAUACAGCCCGGAGAGACGUAUUCCCAGGGCUACUGGUAUGCGGUGGAGGCAGCUAUUCUCUACAUGAUCGGCUCGAUGAUGCUGAUGAUAAACAUGCUUGGGUAUUUUCUAGGUCACUAUCCCCAGCAUUUUGAAUUGGAUGAUGAUCAGCGGACGCUUAUUUUGCAGAGCAUGAUGUUCUUCAUCUGGCUUGCUGGCGGCGCUGGUGUUUUCUCCCAUGUCUGUGGUUUUAACUACGCAGAUGCCCUCUUCUUUUGCGACGUCACGGUCCUGACUAUUGGGUUUGGCGAUUUUGUUUCUCCUAAUGACGUUGGCCGAGGAUUGAUAAUUCCAUAUUCAGUCAUUGGUAUUAUCUUUCUUGGUUUGAUGGUCAUGAGUAUCCGGAGGUAUGCAUUGGGGUUGUCCAAGGAUAAGAUCAUCAAGAAGCAUCAACUUAAUAAGAGAGAGCGGACUUUUGGUCGUACCGUGACCAGCGAGAAUGAACUUCGCGAUCGUCUGGGUUUACCUCCGAGAGUUGGUUCUGAUCGACGACAGUCGCUCAGCAAAUUGCCAUCCGCGAAACCACGAUUGUCACUUGAUCAAUAUGGGCACUUCAAUAUCAAGGGCCGCCAAAUAACCUUCCAUCAUAAGAAAUCCCACGAAGGGAGAGGAGGCCGUGGCCAUGGUCUAAUCCACAGGACCGGUCUAACUCGGAAGGCAACACUAAGGCAACGAACAGCCAGUCUAUCCGCCGAAUCCAGACGUUUACGUCGAAAUGAGAAAUUACUGCUCCUCAAAGAAGAAAAGGACCGUUUCGAUGCUAUGCGGGAGAUCCAAGCAGAGACGCACCAGUUUGAGCGGUACUGGGCACUCUGCAUGUCAGUGUUAGCCUUUUCCACCCUCUGGUGUCUCGGUGCGCUCAUCUUCAUGCUGGCCGAAUCACGGGUGCAGCACAUGAGCUAUUUCCACUCGCUCUAUUUCUCCUUCGUCUCCCUACUUACCCUCGGGUAUGGUGAUCUCACUCUGAAAUCAAAUGGCGGGAAGCCGUUUUUCGUGGUCUGGUCAUUACUAGCUAUCCCGACCAUGACCAUCCUUAUUUCUGAUAUGAGCGAGACGGUCGUUACCGCGAUCAACCGCGGCACGUUCACGUUGGCGGACUGGACGGUGAUGCCUAAGCAGGGCGUCUGGCAUGAUUUCCUGGAAAGCAAUCCGAAGAUUAGGAAUUGGUUGGAGAGCAAGUCUAAGCAGCGCGAGGCGAAGGAGAGAUUAGAGGAGGGGUUUACUGUGCAGGAUCCGGAUGAGGAGACUGCUGUUGCGGAGACGGAGGAUGGAGAACCGUCGACGGCUUUGGAGCAUCUUGCUGAUGAAGACCCGGAAACUACGGAGCAUGAAGAGGCGAGGAGGCUCGCGCAGGCUAUUAAAAGGACGGCGAAUGAUUUGCGGACUACGCCGGCGAAGAAAUAUUCUUAUGAGGAGUGGGUUGAGUUUACGAGACUGAUUAGGUUCAGCUCGAAGAAGCCUGCCGAGGUGGAGGAGGAAGAGGAAGAGGGGGGCUUGGUGGAGUGGGAUUGGAUUGGGGAGGAUAGUCCGAUGUUGGCGGAUGUUUCGGAGAGUGAGUGGGUUCUGGAUAGGCUUUGUGAAAGCUUGAAUAGGUAUACUAGGAGGCAGGCACGGUUGGGUAGGAAGGGAAAGAAGCGAGUGGGCGUAUAUGAGCAGGAUGAUGAGAAUGGUAUGAGGGUGGAUCAUUCGAACCCAAGGUCGCCCCAUGAUCACAGGGAGACUCCUCUAUGCCAUAGCUACUAUUACCAGGGAAAAGGCAAAGAGAACGAAGGAGGUGAAGCUAUGGAAGGAAGAUAUGCAACGGCUGUGGGUGGAAAUGGAGAGGAUCGGGAAUCGAGCGGGGAUGGUGAUGAGGAUGAGGAUGUGAUGGAAGAAAAAGAGCGAUAA